GAGACUUGAGCGCGUCAGAGGGACGUCCUCUCACGGGCCGGAAGUGUAGUCGGCGGAGCGGCUUAGGCGCUUGAAGCACCUCCGAGCUCGGGGCCGUAUCGCGGCUUCUCGGCUCGCGCUUCGCUUCCCUGGGCCGUAGUAAUGGGGGACUCCAAGGAGGCCGGAGCCGAGGCCGCGCCGGCGGCGACUGCUGCUCGAGGAGGGCUCAGCCUCCUGUCUCAGGGCGAGCUGGAGGAACCUUCUGCGCAGGGAUCAGCUUUAUUUCUUGGAGGCAAUGAAGUGAAGAGCCGAGCUGUGGUGAAAUACUCUUCUGCCCCUCCCCGAACAGCAUUUGCACAACUUGAAGAGAAAACAGAUUUGAAACUCCCACCUGCCAACUGGUUACGAGAAAGUGCCAAACUAGGGCCAGCAGGAACUACCAUUCUUGGGAAUAGUAAGAAAAGCAAGCCAUUUUCAAGCUUUGGCAUGGCAUAUGACUUCAUCGAUUCUGUGGGAAAUGAUGUGGAUGUUGUCUCUGAUUCUGAAAACAUAAAAAAGCUCCUGAAGAUUCCCUACAGCAAGUCCCAUGUAAGCAUGGCAGUACAUCGUGUAGGAAGGACACUCUUACUAGAUGAGCUAGAUAUUCAAGAACUCUUCAUGAGAUCCUCUCAGACAGGUGAUUGGACAUGGUUGAAAGAGUUUUACCAGAGAUUGAUAGAUCAGAAGUGGCAAAGGAAGAAGAAGAGCAAGGAGCACUGGUAUCAGAAGGCUAUUCUUUCCAAGUUUUUAUAUUACAGUAUCAAUGGUGAUGGAGCUGCCCAGCCUGUCCCCUCUGCUGCAGAACAGCAGGAGUCACCCAGUUCGGAUGAGACACAUGAUUCAGAAAGGGUUUCAUGGCCUGCGCCCUUUGAAAUGGCUUCCUCUGUUUCUGAAGACCCCAGUGCUUCUGGUCAGGAACAUGAGCCUCUUGAGCCCUCAUACAUAGUGGGGCAUGUGGCCUCAGCACCCAAAGAACAAAACCUGAGUACUUUGUUCAAUGAUGGGGAGAACGGUCAGGGUCUUAAAAAUGAUUUUGUUCGGAAUAUUCUGUGGACAUUUGAAGAUAUCCAUAUGUUGGUUGGAUCAAACAUGCCUAUUUUUGGUGGAGGCAGAUACCCAGCAGUCAGCUUACGUCUCAGGGAUAACAACAAGCCAAUCAAUGUGCUAACUGGAAUUGACUAUUGGUUGGACAACUUGAUAUGCAAUGUACCUGAGCUCGUGAUGUGUUUUCAUGUAAAUGGAAUUGUACAGAAAUAUGAAAUGAUAAAGACAGAAGAGAUACCCAAUUUGGAAAACUCUAACUUUUCUACUAAAGUCAUAAAAGAUAUUGCACAGAAUAUUUUGUCAUUUCUGAAAUCUAAUUGUACCAAAGAAGGACAUACAUAUUGGCUUUUUAAAGCAAGUGGCAGUGAUAUAGUGAAGCUCUAUGAUCUUACUACUCUGUGUGAAGAAACUGAAGACAAGUACCAGAACCCAUUCACAAUGCCAGUGGCCAUUCUCUUAUAUAAGGUUGCUUGUAACAUGAUGAUGAAGAAGAAUCAAAAUAAGAAACACUAUGGGACAAUUAGAACAUUGCUUCUUAAUUGUGUUAAGUUGCUGGACAAAAGCAGGCAUCCACAGAUUAUUGCUUCAGCCAAUUUCAUGCUGUCAGAACUUUUUCAAUUGGAUGAGCCUAAAAAAGAAGAAAGUUCAGAAUCUCCUUUAAAUGAAAAUUCUGAUGAAAGUUACAGCGAAGAGGAAGAGGAAAUGCCAGACAGUGAUGAAAAUGGAUCCUACAGUACCAGCUCUGAUCCCUCAGAUGAUAACAAAGCAGUAGCUAUAAUUAAGUCCGUUGGAGAAUUGUCAGUACCAGAAAAAUACAAAUCCAUUCAUCAGAUCAGACCCAGUUGUGCAUUUCCAGUUUGCCAUGACACGGAAGAACGCUGUAGACUGGUGCUCAGCUAUGUUCUAGAGGGUUUAAAAUCUGUAGAUAGCAGCAUCAAAAAGGAAAGUGACCUUCCUGCAGCUGAUCCCAGCACCCCAAUCCCCUUAAAAUACGAAGAUGAAUCCACAAGAGUCGGUCCUGAGGGGCUAGAGAAGCAGAUGGCCUUGUUUUUGGACAAAAUGGGCUCCCUUCAGAAGCGUAAUUAUUCCAGUCAGUCAGGCAUGAUCCCUGGGUCUUGGCAACAUAAGAUGAAACUUCAGCUGAUUCUUAAGUCAGCGAAGGCCUAUUAUGUGCUGUCUGAUGCUGCCAUGAGUCUUCAGAAGUAUGGACGGGCGCUGCGAUACAUUAAGCUGGCUCUGCAGAGCCAUGAUACUUACUGCUGCCUCUGCACCAAUAUGCUUUCUGAAGUGCUGCUGUUUCUUUCUCAAUAUUUGACACUCUGCGGUGAUAUCCAACUGAUGCUGGCCCAGAAUGCAAAUAACAGAGCAGCACACCUUGAAGAGUUUAACUACCAAACAAAAGAAGAUCAGGAGAUACUACACAGUCUUCACAGAGAGUCCAAUUGUCAGGGAUUUGCGUGGGCAACUGAUUUAUCUAUGGACCUAGAAAAUCAACUUUCAGUUAGCUGUAAAUGUUAUGAGGCUGCAAAUGAGAUUUUGCAGUUUAGUGACUUAAAAAGCCAAAAUCCAGAACACUAUGAACGAGUUUUGAAGAGAAUGGGUAAUGUUAGAAAUGAAAUUGGCGUGUUCUAUAUGAAUGAGGCCGCUGCAUUACAGAGUGAAAGAUUAGUGAACAAAUCUGUGUCAGCUGCAGAGCAACAGUUGUGGGAAAAAAGCUUUUCUUGUCUUGAAAAGGGAAUUCACAACUUUGAGUCCAUUGAUGACGCUACAAAUACUGCCCUUCUGUUAUGUAACACUGGGAGGCUCAUGCGAAUCUGUGCACAGGCGCACUGCGGUGCAGAGGAUGAGUUCAAGCGUGAAUUUUCACCAGAAGAGGGCUUGUAUUACGACAAGGCUGUUGAUUACUAUUUGAAAGCUCUGAGGUCACUGGGAACACGAGACAUACAUCCAGCUGUGUGGGAUUCUGUGAACUGGGAAUUGUCCACUACUUACUUUACUAUGGCAACACUACAACAAGAUUAUGCUCCAUUAUCCAGAAAAGCUCAGGAGCAGAUUGAAAAGGAAGUCAGAGAAGCCAUGAUGAAGUCUUUGAAAUACUGCGAUGUUGACUUAGUGUCUCCUCGGCAGCCUCUUUGUCAAUAUCGAGCUGCAACCAUCCAUCACAGGCUGGCUUCCAUGUACCACAGUUGUCUGAGGAAUCAGGUUGGUGAUGAACGUCUUAGGAAACAGCACCGCUUGCUGGCAGAUCUUCAUUAUACCAAAGCUGUAAAGCUUUUUCAGCUUCUCAAAGACGCUCCCUGUGAACUCUUGAGAGUACAAUUAGAAAGAGUGGCAUUUGCGGAGUUUCAGAUGACCAGUCAGAAUAGCAAUGUUGGAAAGUUAAAAACACUAUCGGGGGCUCUUGAUAUCAUGGUGAGAAGUGAGCAUGCGUUUCAGCUCAUCAGGAAGGAGCUUAUGAAGGACCAGCUUAUGAAGGACUCAGACCAGAGGAGUAAGGUUGCAUUUCAGCCUAAUGGUAGUGAAGCCAGCCCAGCUACUGAUUCUUCCAGUCUUAACCAAGAAGAAGUGAUCAAGCUCCUCAGUAUAUUUGAAUCUCGACUCUCAUUCCUUCUCCUUCAGUCCAUCAAACUGCUAUCUUCAACUAGAAAGAAAACAAGCAGUAGCAUUGAUGAGGAUGUGGUCUUCAAAACCAAUAAGCAGAUCUACUCUCAGCUUUUGAGAGCAACUGCGAACAAAGGUGCAAAUCUUUUGGAAAGAAUUGACAUCAUCAUCCAUCUGCUGGAGCAGCUCGCCCAUGGCGGCAGUCCCAUGAGUGGUGACUCUGUCCCCGUCCAGUGACCACGCCCAGAGCCGUGUCACCCAGCAUGCUGUCAGUGCCUUCUGAACAUGGGAGCUGCUUUGUCCAUUUGGUGCUGUUUCAUUAAAUGUGAGGAAAUACCCAUCUGGCAGGGAGGACAGUGGAAACAUGCCGUUCUUCCUACUGUAGACAGAGUAUGUGGUAGGGUUCUCUGGCUUCUCCAUUUGAAGUUCCAAAAGCAGAGUCAACCCAAAAGCUUCCAGAAUUUGUUCUUUGAGAAGUAUGAGUUACCUCACUAGACGUUGUGUGAUACAAUUACAUCUUAAUUAUUUUUGAAAUAUGUUAAGCUACAUAUAUUUAAGAUACAAGUAUUUUGGAUGAAAUGUUACUUUGGUCAAAGGAACUGUUAUCCAAAUGAUUUUAUAGAUUCAAAGGUUUAAAGAAACUUCCUGUAUGUCUAU